CAAAACAUACUUAAUUAAAAAUUCACUACUUCACUUUCCCCUCAAACGUUUCACACACUCUUGUGUUGCAGGAUGCCGAACUACCACCACCACCGAACUCCCUUCCUCUCUUCUUCUUCUUCUUCUUCAACGCAAUCCUUCAUUUCGCGUCUAAUUCUUCUACUCACUCUCCUUCCUCUAUCCCUCGCAGCUCUAGCCUUCGUUCUCCAAUGGAGAGGGGGUGGCCUCCCGGACCCCGUCAUCUCCUCCAUCACCUCCUCUUCCUGGGCUCCGCACGACUCCAAUCAUCACAACAACGAGGUUUUCCCGGGGAUGGAAACUUUCGCUUCUCUCUCCCCCAAAUAUCAUUCUUCCUCUUCGUCUGAUUGCUCUACUCUUGCCCGUACUGCUUCCCCUUCCUUACCUUACUACGGGGACUGGAAGUUUGGUUUGGAGGCUAAUUUAAGGCCCAAGAUCUGUGUAACAACAAGUACAUCAGCUGGUUUGGAUCAGAUUCUACCAUGGAUGUUUUACCACAAGGUUAUUGGGGUAACAACAUUUUUCCUUUUCGUGGAAGGGCAGGCUGCAUCUCCUAAUGUUUCUAAAGUGUUGGAAUCAAUUCCUGGAGUAAAAGUGAUAUACAGGACAAAAGAGCUGGAGGAGCAACAGGCUAAAAGCCGAAUCUGGAAUGAGACGUGGUUAUCAAGUUUCUUUUAUAAACCAUGCAACUAUGAACUAUUUGUGAAGCAAUCUCUCAAUAUGGAGAUGGCUAUAGUUAUGGCAAGGGAUGCAGGCAUCGACUGGAUACUUCAUCUUGAUACCGACGAAUUAAUACACCCUGCAGGUGCUCAUGAGUAUUCCUUGAGGCAGUUGCUGCUUGAUAUCCCUGCAAAUGUUGAUAUGGUUAUAUUUCCAAACUAUGAAAGCAGUGUUGAACAGGAUGAUAUCAAAGAUCCUUUUACUGAGGUAUCAAUGUUUAAGAAGAACUAUGACCACCUUCCAAAAGAUACAUACUUUGGCCUGUACAAAGAAUCAACUCGUGGUAAUCCAAAUUACUUUUUGACUUAUGGAAACGGGAAAUCAGCUGCUCGGAUUCAAGAUCAUCUACGUCCAAAUGGUGCACACAGAUGGCACAAUUAUAUGAAAACCCCAAAUGAGAUCAAAUUAGAGGAGGCUGCUGUUCUGCAUUACACAUAUGCCAAAUUUUCUGACUUGACCUCUAGACGUGACCGAUGUGGGUGCAAGCCCACAAAGGAGGAUGUUAAAAGAUGCUUUAUGCUGGAGUUUGAUAGAUCUGCGUUUAUAAUUGCUUCAACCGGAACAGAUGAGGAAAUGCUAAACUGGUAUCGUGAGCAUGUUGUAUGGGGUGACAAAGAUCUGAAACUGAAACUCCUGAAAAAGGGCAUUUUAACAAGGAUACAUUCUCCCAUGGUCAUAAUACAAGCUUUACGAGAAUCUGGUGUCUUAAGCUCUGUUAUUUCAUCUGCUUCCACAACUCUUUCGAGGGAAAAGUUUUUGGCAACAAUCGAUAGCAGUAACUCUUCAAGAGCUGCUGCAUCAAUCUCCCUUCCUUCUCGACAGGUCGAUAGAAGCAGACAGCAUCAGGCGUCUGGUAGGAAGGUCUUGAAUGUUGAAGCAAGCCGCUCUCACGAAGCAGCUGUUCCGCCUUUGCCACCUCCGGAAAUGGACAAUUCGCAGCUUCUCAUCUAGGAAGGUUUAGUUGGGUGGUUUAUAUGGUUGUCCCUGCUUCUAUGAUUGUCUGGAUGUUGAACUUGUUGGCAAGGGAAGAAUCAGGAUAGAUUAAUUUGCAAGCAGGCUUACCAUUGUAAUUCUAUAAGCUCGUUGUAAUUCGUUUGGA